AUGUCAACAGAACAAGGUCCGGUCUGCCUAGUAGCUGACAUGUCAGGGCUCCACAAGUGGGUGUUUCUGGUUCUGUCUGCCACUCAGUUCAUUCUGGGGAUGCUGGGGAAUGGUUUCAUAGUGUUGGUCAAUGGCAGCAGUUGGUUUAAGAAUAAGACAAUCUCUUUGUCUGACUUCAUCAUCGCUAACCUGGCUCUCUCCAGGAUCGUUCUGCUGUGGAUUCUUUUGGUUGAUGGUGUUUUAAUUGUGUUCUCUUCCAAAGUGCAUGAUGAAGGGAUAAUAAUGCAAAUUAUUGAUAUUUUCUGGACAUUUACAAACCACCUGAGCAUUUGGCUUGCCACCUGUCUCAGUGUCCUCUACUGCCUGAAAAUUGCCAGUUUCUCUCACCCUACAUUCCUCUGGCUCAAGUGGAGAGUUUCCAGGAUGGUCGUACAGAUGAUCUUGGGUGCGCUGGUCUUAUCGUGCGCCAGUGCCCUGUCCCUGAUCCAUGAAUUUAAGAUGUAUUCUAUUCUCGGUGGGAUCGAUGGCACAGGGAAUGUGACUGAGUACUUUAGAAAGAAAAGAAAUGAAUAUAAAUUGAUCCAUGUUCUUGGGACUCUGUGGAACCUGCCUCCUCUGAUUGUGUCUCUGGCCUCCUACUUUCUGCUCAUCCUCUCUCUGGGGAGGCACACACAGCGGAUGGAGCAAAGCGGCACCAGCUCCAGAGAUCCAAGCACUGAGGCCCACAAGAGGGCCAUCAAAAUCAUCCUCUCCUUCCUCCUUCUCUUCCUGCUUUACUUUCUUGCCUUUUUAAUUACAUCAUCCAGUUAUUUCAUACCAGGAACUGAGAUGGUGAAGAUAAUUGGAGAACUCAUUACCAUGUUUUAUCCUGCUAGCCACUCAUUCAUUCUCAUUCUGGGAAACAGCAAGCUGAAGCAUAUGUUUGUGGGGAUGCUGCGGUGUGAGUCUGGUCAUCUGAAGCCUGGAUCCAAAGGACCUGUUUCCCUGUAGAGUGACAGAGGGCACAGGUGGG